AUGGGACCAUGUUCAUCGUAAUAAAGGAAGCCUGUGAGCAAUAGCUAGGCCUUGGUGUCUGUCACUAAACCAACGAAUGCAGAGGAGUUUUAGGUACGCCCCAAUAUCUUUGCGACUCUAAAAUAAGGUUCUAUUAGUAGCUUUUAUAAGAUUGAGAAAAGUUUGGGUUAAGGUAGUUAGAUUAUGUUAAAUUAGGGGCUUUUGGGGAUGUAAGGUUGGUUAUACAUAAAAGUUCAGGAUUUAAGAGAGCAAUGAAGCAAAUUAGAAAGGAUAAAAUAAUAAAAGAAGAUGAGGAGAAUAUGCUUUCGGAAGUAAAUACUUUAAAGGAGUUGGAUCAUCCGAAUAUUGUGAAAUUACACGAACUGUUUUAAGAUGCGAAAAGUUAUUAUCUAGUAACUGAGUAAGAGUAAAGAAUAUAUCUAGAUAUUUAGAAGGAGGGGAGUUAUUUUAGAAGAUUACCGAUAUGAAACAUUUUUCAGAAAAAAUGGCUGCAGACAUUAUGAAAUAAAUUUUGGCUGGGGUUGUUCAUUGUCAUGAAAAGAAAGUAGUUCAUAGAGAUUUGAAACCUGAAAACAUUAUAUUCGAAAAUAAAAAACCAAAUUCAAAUCUCAAAAUUAUCGAUUUUGGAACUUCAAGAAAGAUGGAAACUAACUAAAAUCUAACCAAAAGACUGGGAACUGUAAUAUUCCCUAGUAUUUUAGCCAUAUUACAUUGCACCUGAAGUCCUAAAGAGGAAUUAUAAUGAGAAAUGCGAUGUAUGGAGUUGUGGAGUUAUCUUAUAUAUUAUGCUUUGCGGUUAUCCUCCAUUUGGUGGUUAGGAUCAAGAGAUAUUGUAAAACAUUGAAUUAGGAAAAUAUGAAUUUGAUCGUAAGAUUUUGUCAAUAUGUUUUUAAAGCUGAGGAUUGGAAUAAAAUAUCAGAUGAAGCUAAGAAUUUAAUCAAGAGAAUGUUAACCAAGGAUUAUCAAUAGAGAAUUUCUGCGUAAGAAGCUUAUAAUGAUCCUUGGAUUCAAAAAAAUGCACCAAACGGACCAAUAGAUAUGAAAGCAAUCAAAAAUUUGUCAUCAUUUUUUGUAUUUUUAAAUAUUAUUCUAGGGUAAAAAUAAAGUCAGGGCUGCCCUCAUGCAAUUUAUUACGACUAAUUUAAUGACCAAUACAGAAAAAGAGGGUUUAUUAAAUGAAUUUAAGAAAAUUGACAAGGAUGGUAAUGGAUAAAUAAGCAAGGAUGAAUUGCUAUAAGGUAAAUUUCUGUUUUUUCUAUGUUAGUUUAUAUGAAAUAAUAUGAUGAAAUCAAAGCAAAAUAAAUGGUAGAUGACAUUUUUGAAAAAGUCGAUAUCAAUAGAUCUGGCUUUGUAGAUUUCACAGAAUUUAUGAUGUCAGCAGCCUCUGAAGAGAAACUAUUGAGCAAGAUUAAAUUAUAAUAAGCUUUCAAUAUGUUUGAUACUGUAAUAUUAUAUAUUGAUUAUCAAGAAUGGAGAUGGAUAAAUCAGUAGAGAUGAACUUUAAGAGAUUAUGGGAGGAGUGGAUGAUAAUUUAUGGACAGAAAUUCUCAAUAUGUGUGAUGCGAAUGGAGAUGGUUAGAUUUCAUAAUAAGAAUUUAUUGAUUUCUUAGUGAAAAAAUAUUAACAAUGA